AUCAAUGUAUUGCUGUUACAGAUGAGCGAUACAAAAGCUGCAAAGCCAGGGGCUCCAAAGCAGAGCAAAGCCCCGGCAGCGUCAAAGGGUGCGUCGAAGGGUGAUGCAAAGGAAAAGAAACCCCAUCACCCGCGUAACGUGAAGUUGCCCGGUGGAGUAUGGCUCUUCUCACGGUCCCGAAUGUACCACAAGAGGGGCCUGUUCAAGGUCAACCAUGCACCAGGACAGAAGGAAAAGCGUCAGCGGAAGCGGACCAAGAUUGUAAAGAAAAUCCGGGGUGAAAAGAAUGGUGGAACCCGUGUCGUUAGAUUUAAGAAGGCUAGGAACUAUUAUCCAACCGAGGAUAAGCCGAAGCUCAAGAAGACCAGGAAGAUGAAGCCGUCUUGCCUGCAUCCAAUCUCCCUGCGCAAGAGGAUUACGCCGGGCACCGUACUCAUCCUCCUGGCUGGUGUGCACCGCGGAAAGCGUGUCGUGUUCUUGAAGCAACUGAAGACCGGUCUGCUCCUGGUGACUGGCCCCUACACCGUCAACGGUUGUGCCAUGCGCCGUGUCCACCAGACGUACGUCAUCGCCACUAGCACCAAGAUCGACAUAUCCAACGUCAACGUCCCCGAGCACUUGAACGACAGGUACUUCCGCAAGCCCCGCCACAAGAAGCAACGCAAGGACGAUGGGGACAUCUUUGAGUCCAAGCCAGAGGAACCCGUUGUGAGUGAACAGCGCAAGAAGGACCAGAUGGAUGUGGAUAAGCAGGUGCUGAAGGCCAUUAAGGCUCACCCUGAAAAGGGCAUGAUGCUCCACUACCUGGCGUCGACUUUCUCUCUCCGCAACCAUAUGUACCCGCACAAGCUCAAGUUCUGAGCUCUUUGAAGUGUACAUAUGAGAAUAAACUAUGGGCCUCG